CACCAAGGAGUUCUCAACCUGGCAAUCAUCAAGAGCAUGCCCCCAGUAUAUUGACGAACCCUAUGAACCCUCAGCCGCCUCCUGCAUCGCCAAUGCAACCCCCAAAUCAUCUCCUGAGUUCUCAACAACCUGCACCAAUGCCACAAUUCAUUCUGGCCUCUGGUCAUCUAGUUCAAGGAAUUCAGGGCGCCCAAUUGCUCAUACCUACAUCACAAGGUUUGGCAACACAGACGAUAUUAACAAUCCCAGUCAAUCAUGUAAAUAGCACAGACCAAAUAGUUAAUUUAGCCUUGAAUAAUGGUCAAGUGAUGCAGACGUCUUUGGCAAAUUUACAAGCUAUGGCUCAAAGUAACUUACUGACCAAUCCCAAUACAUCAAUACCACCUAACUCAAAUGGAGUGAUGAACCCUAAUCUCUUCAAUCCUGCAACUCUAACCCAUUUGCUCUCCAAUGGAUCUGCCCAGCAAUUACUGCAAAGCCUUCCGCAAAUACUCAGCAACUCUCAUACGAACCCCAAUUCUCCCCACAUGAUGAAUCCAAUUUCCCAACCUCUAUUAACAACUCCAUCUACCAUGCUCACAUCGCCACCGCCUCCACAACCUUCCAAUCUCAACAGAAGCCAACUGAGCACCAACCACUUGAAUACCAAUCAUCAGAUGGGUGGAAACCAAAUAGGAAAUAGUCAGAUGGGUACCAAUCAACUAAAUUCGAACCAAAUGAAUAACAGCAAUCACUACAGCGAUACCAAGAUACACAAUCAAAAUUCAAGUAACCUCUCAAGAAAUCCAUCUCCAACGAAUAUAGGAAAUGGUGCGAGACCAUCCAGUAAUGGAGAAUUGAAUGUAUCAACGGGAUUUGUGGGUAAUACUUGUCCAAGUCUGAAAAGGUCACCCCGUUCCUUGUCACCCAACUGUAUGGACAACUCAACUGCUGACUUAUUGGUCGAUUCGCCAAAUCAGCCAACAAUCAACCAAGCUAACACAAACGUGGUAGACGGAAUCAAUUUAGAUGAGAUCAAAGAUUUUGCCAAGGCGUUCAAAUUGAGAAGACUAUCGUUAGGUUUAACGCAAACUCAAGUAGGUCAAGCACUGAGUGUUACGGAAGGACCAGCUUAUAGUCAGAGUGCUAUCUGCAGUGCCCUGGCUUCUCAGAUGUUUGCCGCCGCGCAACUUUCCACACAGCAGCAAGCAAUGUUUGAAAAGCUCGAUAUCACUCCCAAAAGUGCCCAGAAGAUCAAACCAGUUUUGGAGAGAUGGAUGAAAGAGGCUGAAGAUAGUUUUUCCAGGUAUAAAAGUGGACAGAAUCACCUGACUGACUUCAUAGGAAUUGAACCAUCUAAAAAAAGGAAAAGAAGAACUUCAUUCACUCCGCAAGCUUUGGAAUUACUUAACGCCCAUUUUGAACGGAAUACCCACCCAUCAGGUACCGAAAUAACCGGUCUGGCUCAUCAAUUAGGAUACGAAAGAGAAGUUAUACGAAUUUGGUUUUGUAAUAAAAGGCAAGCCCUGAAAAAUACUGUACGUAUGAUGUCCAAAGGCAUGGUCUAAAUCUGUGAUGUAUCCAAUACGAAACUUGUAAAUACUCCGCAAUGAAGAAACUGAAUGUAAAUUAAUUUUUUUAUUAUUAGAUUUAAGAUUUUGGAAAUGUUCCAUAGCAAUUCCCUUAAUUUUCCAUAAAUGUAUACGAUUCAAAAUGUAUAUAGCUGUUAGUUAUUGUAACAAAUCCCAUUUGUUGUAUACGAUAGUCACUUGUGAAA